GUAGUGGAAUCAUUUAAUUUGAACGAUGCGCUUUGAUUAGCAUUCGCUAGAUGCUACGUAUACCCGGAAACACCUUCGGAUUAUUUUCUUGUAGUUUUUCUUUCAAUAUUUUAUUCACACUGCUUCGUUGUCAUCAAUCAAAUCAAUAGACAAUAGAAAGGUUUAGAGUACGAAAUUAUAAUGAUAUAACAGUACUACACCUUUUGCAUUACUCUCGUCCUGUUAAUGUUAUAUUCACUUUGAAGGCUACACAUAUAACACUCGCAUGAUACGUGCCAUUGUAUAGAAGUAGCCUUGAGUUUGCAUAUAUUAAACUUUAUUUUUUGCUAAUCAAUGUUUCACUGUUAUCUUUUUGUUUCAAUUCUUGAGAAGGUUUUCUAGUAAACUGUACAUUGAGCUUUGGUAUUUUGUCAGGAUAUAAACAUACUAUUGUAAUAUUUGACAAAUAAACUAUAUCUCGCAAUAGGGCUCAAAUAACAGACUAAAAAAAUGAUUUGAAUUACAACAUUAUUAUUAAUCAAUUUCACUUAUUAAAAAUUUGAAAAGAUGUGGGUGUGUGCACAGUCAAAAUAAUAUCAGAAAAUGAGGUCGUUACAAACAUUUGUAUGGAAAGACUAAGUUUAUUAAAAGAGUAUAAAUUUAGCAUUCUGGCUUAUCAGUGUAACACCACACUAUCAACCAGAGCUACUGAUAUCAUAAGGUUGCUUGGUGGGAAUAGAACUGUUGCUGCUUGCAUACUCAGCAUUUAGUGUUUGAGCCUAAUUUAAUAUCAAAAUACAUAUCGUAGGACAGUUAACUUUUGAUGCCAGAUAAGGAAUAAUUUAAAAUACUCAUAGUUUGAGUUUGAUAUUUACAAUGGACUUUUAUUGAGAUGUGGAAGGACCAAUUUUUUUUAUUUCAUUAUGUAUCUGACUGAUACUCAGAAAUUUUAUGUAUUUUUAAGAUUCAUCAGCUGCUUAAAUAAAAAUUGAAAGAUGUUGGCAAUGGUAAAAGGUGCACGAAUCAACAGUCGAUUAGUCUUGACAUUAGCAGCAGGUGUAAUAUGUGGAUUUCUAUCAGCAUGUUUCCUCAUCACAGCUACCAGGGAUAUGCCACACAUGCUGUACUGGUUGCCAAGUGGCUCUUAUCGAGAUCCUCAUCAUUAUUCACAGCUGGAAAGAGAAGUUGGACCUGAAGUUGAAGUUAUGUUUCAUGGCCCUGAUGAAGAUUUUCAUAAAGGGGAAGACACAGUUGCUAAGGAAUUAGCCGAAAAAAUACGCGUAUUGUGUUGGAUAAUGACUGGUCCUAAAAAUCAUCAAUCCAAAGCGAGACAUGUAAAAGCAACGUGGGGAAAGCGGUGUAAUAUUUUACUAUUCAUGAGCUCUGCUGAAGAUCCUAGCCUACCGACUGUUGUACUUCCCGUAGAGGAGGGUCGAGAUAAUCUGUGGGCGAAAACCAAAGAAUCAUUUAAAUAUACGUACGAAAAGUAUAUAGAUCAGGCAGAUUGGUUUCUGAAAGCCGAUGACGAUACCUACGUGAUCUUGGAAAACUUGCGUUACAUGCUGCAACCACAUUCACCAGACUCACCGCUAUACUUUGGUUGUCGUUUCAAGCCAUUCGUCAAGCAGGGUUACAUGAGUGGUGGUGCUGGUUACGUAUUGAGUCGUGCAAGCUUGAAAAAGUUCGUUGAAGAGGGCUUACCAAAUCGCACGUUAUGUCGUCAAGAUGCAGGCGGUGCAGAAGACGUAGAGAUGGGCAAAUGUCUGGAGAAUGUUGGUGUUAAAGCAAUGGAUACGAGAGAUCCACAUGGUCGUGGUAGAUUCUUUCCAUUCGUGCCGGAACAUCAUUUAAUACCGAAUCACGUGGACAAAGACUUUUGGUAUUGGAAGUACAUCUACUACGAGAGCAAGGAUGGCCUUGACUGCUGCUCUGAUAGCGCGAUCUCCUUUCAUUACGUUAGCCCGAAUAUGAUGUACGUGUUGGAAUACUUAAUUUAUCAUCUUAGGCCGUAUGGCAUCAAUCAUGCAAUUGAAGAGGUUCAGUCUACUAGUAAACCUACGUCACGAUGAGAUUCUAGUCUGAGAU